UACGUGAGCCACGAAAAUAAUGCCACAAAGAAGUGACGACUCGAGUAGUUGACAUUCGAAUGCAAUCACGGUGAACCCCAACCUUGCGAAGAACAGGCCAUACGCUUGAAGAAACCGGCAUUUUCGUCCCAUAUAAAUGUAUUAUUCGUGAUAGAUAUGACGGAAAUGUUUUCAACUCUCUUCGGGCAAAACGAAGCUCAGGGACCGCCCGGCUCGUCGUCUCUGGGCUUCGGACCGGGGAAACCUCCUCCGCCUCUGCCGCAAAACCAAGUCUCCAUGUCGGUGCAGAUGCCACCGCAGCUCGGGGAUGAAGGGCCUGCUCUGCGGAAGCCUGGAGCCAUGAAUGAACCUUUCUACUUACUGCGGGAGCUACCUGUGGGCAACGAGUUGACGGGAAACACCAACCUCAUCACGCACUACAAUCUGGAGCACGCCUACAACAAAUUCUGUGGGAAGAAGGUGAAGGAGAAGCUCAGCAACUUUCUGCCAGAGCUACCGGGUAUGAUCGACUGUCCGGGCACUCAGGACGGCAGCUCAUUGCGUUCUCUGAUUGAUAAGCCUCCAGUGUGUGGGAACUCCUUCAGCCCACUGACGGGUGCUCUGCUCACAGGCUUCAGACUACACACAGGACCGCUUCCAGAACAGUACAGACUGAUGCAUAUACAGCCUCCAAAGAAGAAGAGCAAACACAAGCACAAACACCAUCGACCACAGGACCCGCUACCACAAGAAACUCCAUCAGACUCUGAUCCCAAGAAAAAGAAGAAAAAGCGGGAUGAUGAUCCCGACCGCAAGAAAAAGAAGAAGGACAAGAAAAAGAAGAAGAACCGCCACAGUCCCGACCACCCCGGCCUCGCUGGAUCACAACCCAACAGCAACAGCCUCAGAUAGACAGGAGCCCACUGUGUGCAUGCAUGUGUUUGAAUGUGAGUAUGACUGUACAUUUUGUAAGCAGAUGCGUGUGUGCCUUUUACAGAUAAUUGUAUUAUUGAGAGUAUGGUUAAUGAGAGACGGGGUGAAUCAAAUGAUGCUAGUGGUUGUAUGCGACACAGUGGAUGUUGAUGGCGUCAGGAAGACAUGUUACAGAACAGUGUAAAAAGCAGAAAGAAGCUGAUGAGUUGUGUAGGUUUUAUGGAUGACUGAGCAGGCACUGUAUGUAUGUCCCUCUGCGAUUUUGUUGUGAUAUCUUUCGACCAUAAUGCCAAAAUCAAAUAAACUUUGGUUAUUAUCUGUUUUUGUCACCUUUUAAGACAUUUGGAGUUUUUGGUGUUGUUUUGGAUUGUUAUCCACAAUUGCAGCAAAAAUGACAAACUGGUGUUGGGGCACCUUGUUGUUGUGAAAGAACUCUUUAAAUAGAUGGUAAAAAAAAAAAAAUCCACUUAGGCAUUACGUUUAGAGUCGUAUUUAUUUUUCAAAUGCACAAGCUGGAUAUAUUGAUUGAAGGCAGGGAAGACAGGUGUACAUGUAGCAGGACAAACCAGUUCAACAAUUCCAAGGGUAAGGACAGAAGAUUAGACAAGCCAGUGUAGAUGAUACAGAAUUAAAACACAGAUAAAGCAAUAAAUGUUUAUUUUUGUUGUGGAGACUGUCAGAGGUGUUGAUUCACAACUUCCUACACUUCAAGUAGCAACUACUGUAACUUCGAGUUACAAAGGCAUAAGCACAAAGAAGCCUCAUUAACUUGAAUGCCCAUUGGCAGUAUUUGUCAGCUUUAAUAGAGGUCUGACAACCACUUACUCAACAGGGAAUUUUAAGGCAACUCGCAGAGAUACAAAGAGGACUGAUAGUUGUUGCUGGAAUUGCUGGUGCAGUGGUUUCGAACGUUAAAUACUGUCAUGUGGGUAGAGGAAUGUAACGACAUGACAAACUGGAAAACCUUCUCAACACUGAUUGAAAUGCACUUGACAUUUUUUUUACUAAAGAAUGCAAACUACAGCCUCUAAAAUGACCAAGUUCAAUCAACACCUGCGACAGUCAACAAAAACCAAACAUUAUGACCAAACUGGUAUUUACUUCAGGACUAAUGCUUUGUGUUUGUAAGGUGUUUGUGUUAUUUUGCCUCUGUGUGUUCUCCUGAGGAAAAGUGAUGUACUAUCAGCUAGCUUUACAGUCCCCCAAUCAUGGCUUUGGUUUACAGAGAAAGACAUUUGGCAGAGGCAUUAAUCUCACACUGACUUCUAUUGCAAUGAAGCCAAUGACAGCAAAGGCACAGAAUUGAAACAAAACACAGAAUCAAGGAAAAAAAUCUACUAAAGCUGUCUUGACACUGAAAUGGACUGAGUCAAAAAAAAAAAUUAUACAUUACAAAUGAUUUCGUAAAUCUACAUGACACUCUUGUUGUGUCCAACAGUAUGUUCGGUAUAGAAACACUGUUCUCACUUUGUUGACACUUUGUUUUCAUCUGCAUAUGGCUGAGACAAGGAGAUCAGUGGCUACAGCUAGAUCUGUCUUUUUAACGUGAUUGUGAAGCAGAAAAAUCAUAUAAAAAAAACAAGUUUAACCACAGCCACUGUCUCCGCAGCCAUUGGUUAAUGCACUGUUAUAUCCUGUACAAACCCAAAGCAAGCAGAAUAUGUCAUAAAAUAAAAGACAUACCUCAGUUCUAUUUACAAAAUGCAUAUUUGCUGGAGGAUUGUCUGCUCCAAAAUCAACGCACCAAAAAACAAA